GGUUAUUUGAAAUUUUGCAACCCUUUUGUUAUUGUCAGAAUUAAUAGAAUUUAACAAUAAUUUAAUUAUUAAAUUAAACUAUUUUUGCACUAUAUAAUGUAAAAAACAUGUGUACAAACGAAUUAGUGAAGUGUUAGUGGAUAUAAAAGUGGAAAAUAUAAGUGUAUAACUCAUUCGAAAUGGGAAAAAUGCGUACUUUAAAUAGUCGAAAUUUUGAACUUUAAACCCAAAUAUCUCGAAAACUAUAAGUUUCCCGCGGCUAUAUCUAUAUAUAUUCUUGAUCUGGAGGAUCUCCUCUAUCCGCCCAUACCCAUUUUAUCCCCGAAAGCGUGGGACGUUAUACUAAAGUUUUCCCAUUGUUUAAUUUGCAAAAAACUAAAUUGUAAACAUGACGCAAUAGCGAAACCAAAUACGAAAUGUAGCCGCCCGCUCGUCGUCCCCGAAAAAAUUUAUACUUACUGUGGGGUACUUUGGCGCUUACAGCCAGUUGCGACGAAAGAAAAAGUUCAGUAUGGUAGCUGAUAAGGAAAACGUAGCGACUGGUGCGAGCGCACUUGAAGGCGAGACGACUUCAAAAAAGGCAGCCAAGAAGCAAGCGAAAGAAGCAUUGAAAGCUGCUAAGAAAGCUGAACAUAAAGCAGCCAACUCAAACAAUGGUGAAGAAGCUGGUGAUAGCGUUGAUGUGUCAGCAGAUCGAUAUGGUUCUUCUGGUCUUAUUCAAUCGAAAGAUAAGUUUGAAGAUCGCAAAUUUGUGUCAGUGAACGAAUUGAGCCAGCCGGCGCAUAGGGACCAAUUGGUGUGGGUGCGCGGGCGUGUACAUACAUCCCGUUCGAAGGGCAAGCAAUGUUUCUUAGUGCUGCGUCAGCAGAGCAGCACCGUACAAUGCAUUUUGGCAGUAGGAGAACGUAUUUCCAAACAAAUGGUGAAGUUUAGCGGCAACGUCAGCAGAGAAAGUAUUAUCGAUGUGCAAGCCAAAGUUGUAUCAGUGCCCAACAAAAUCGAGUCUUGUACUGAACAAACGAUUGAACUGUGUAUUGAACAACUAUUCGUGGUCUCACAAGCCAAACCGCAAUUGCCGUUACAAAUUGAAGAUGCAUCCCGCGCCGAAAAUCCAGAUGAUACCGACAGUUUGAAUAUUCGCGUAAACCAGGAUACACGUCUGGACAACCGUGUGUUGGAUUUGCGUACACCGGCCAAUCAAGCUAUUUUCCGUUUGGAAGCCGGCGUUUGUCGUCUGUUCCGCGAUAUUCUUACUACAAAAGGCUUUACAGAGAUUCACACUCCAAAAAUUAUUUCUGCUGCCAGUGAAGGUGGCGCAAACGUAUUUACCGUUAGCUAUUUCAAAGACUCGGCUUAUUUGGCACAAUCACCGCAAUUAUAUAAGCAAAUGGCUAUUGCUGCUGAUUUCGAUAAAGUUUUUACUGUCGGCGCAGUUUUUCGUGCAGAAGACUCCAACACUCAUCGCCACUUGACUGAAUUCGUCGGUCUCGAUUUGGAGAUGGCAUUCAAAUAUCACUACCACGAGGUCUUGCACACUAUUGCUGAUACGUUUACUGGCAUUUUUAAGGGUUUGCGUGAUAAUUAUAGCGCGGAAAUUGCGGCAGUAAAUCAGCAAUUUAAAGUAGAGGCAUUCAAAUUCUUGGAGCCGCCAUUGAUAUUGGAAUUUGCUGAAGGUGUAAAAAUGUUGCGUGAAGCUGGCGUUGAAACCGGUGAUGAGGAAGAUCUGUCGACACCAAACGAAAAGCUGUUGGGCCGGCUUGUUAAGGCAAAAUAUGACACCGACUUUUAUGUAUUGGACAAAUUUCCACUGGCUAUUCGUCCUUUCUAUACGAUGCCCGAUCCCAACAACCCAAUAUAUUCCAACUCUUAUGAUAUGUUCAUGCGUGGCGAAGAGAUACUUUCUGGUGCGCAGCGUAUACACGAUCCCGACUUCCUUAUUGAACGCGCAAAACAUCAUGCGAUCGAUAUUUCAAAGAUUGCGUCAUACAUUGAAUCGUUCCGUUUUGGUUGCCCACCGCAUGCUGGUGGUGGUAUUGGCAUGGAGCGUGUUGUCAUGCUCUAUCUAGGGCUUGAUAAUAUUCGAAAAACAUCGAUGUUCCCACGUGAUCCCAAACGAUUAACGCCUUAAAUGUUUGAUGUUUAUGCACAAAAACCAAAAAUAAAUGGGAAAUAAUCAACGCGGACUUUGCUAAUGGGUUUCAAAUAAAUUUUGUGUUUGCUCAGUUUCCUUAGUGACAUCAUUAUCUUACCCUUGAUCAUUCGAAACAAGAUUUUCCAUUUGAUCUUUUUAAAGGUUCUUUUUUUAUUUAAUUUUUUUUUAUCCAACAAUUUACUUAAUUAUGUAGUUACUCCAGAAGUUGUCUAACCGCUUUAGUGUAAAAGGUGUCCACAUUUCAAUUAUAUAGGUGUUAAGACUGAAAUAAAGACGACAUCUUCACAAACAAA